AUUUAUAGAAUUUGAAGUUUUUUUUUUUUAUCAUGAAUAACUACACUCUCUUAUUCAGGAUUUGUGAGUCUACGACAUUCUUUGAUUGAAUUGUAUGUUCCCUUCAUUUUGUGCAAUUCAAUUGGCUAAGAGGAACGAUAAAGAACAUUUUAGCUACAAAAACCAGUUAAAUGAGGAGGUGACAAAAAAACACAAUGAUGGUUGCAAAACACUACUAGGAUUGAACGAUCUUGAAGAGAAGAUGAGAUUACUCCGGUUAGAGCAAGAGGAGGCUGAUAGAAUGGAAAGGGAGCGGCUAGAGUUUGAGGAGAUAGAAAUGCAGUUUCUUCAAGCGUUGGAGAUGGAGAAGAAGAGGCAGCAGGAAGAAGAGGAAGAACAACGUAAACUCAAACAAGAAGAAUAUCUGAGAAGGCUGCAUGACAGGUGUUACACGUAUCGCAGCUAGGUUCGGUUCAGAUUUUGUGAAAACAACCCUGGUGUGCCUGUUGGUUAAGUUAGGUCAAUGCCCAACUGUUCUACCCUUUUCUUGAUUGUUUAGGUCAUCAUAGCGCACCAUGAGUUUUUUGUUUCAAUACUGGUAUGCAGGAAAGGCAGAGUUGGUAGGACCGGCAACAACCCUCUCCAUGAACAAUGUGCUCCAGUGGUAUCUUAAACAAGUGGGCAUUUAUAAAAGGUGGAGUUAGAGGGUAAUGCCAAGGAGAAUUUGGAGGUUGCGGCCGAAGAGUAAACACUUUCAGAAAUGCCUCCCUUUUUAUGUGUGGAAGCUCCGUAAAAUCAAUAUUAUGUAUUUGUGAAAUCCAAGUAGUAUCGGAACCAUGUAUGCCUUUUACAAGCAACCAUUGUUUACGUUGUGACGUUGUAUGACUUUAGUAUUUUAACUACCUUUAUGUGUUGGAUUUUUCUUAGAGGAACAUGGAACACGAUUUUAUGUUCCAAGAAUAUAGCGCGUCAUUGCACCUUUUGGAUUACCUAUGACUUGUGUAUUAGGGAUUUCUAUAUAUGUAACUUACAUCAAGUAAUUAGCCGCGUUUC